AUGGAAACAUCAAUUUGUAUUUGUACAAUCUUAUAUAUUUAUCCGCCAUUUGAUACGAUAUUAAAGGAGAAUAACUACUUUAAAAGUGCAUUAGUCUUAGGCUAUCAAUUGAAUAAGCUAUUAUCAUUAUCCCCGUCUUUAAACAAGACAUCUGAUAAUGGGAAUGAAAAUAUUAAUACUAUUAUAUUAGUGAAUCCUGAUUUGUACAAAUAUUUAUUUGACAAAGCGAACAAGUGCGAAAAGGAACGUAAUUUACUAUUGAAAUAUUAUUCUAAAGUUGUAGAAUUAAGUGAUCACAUAGCGUAUGAAGAUGAUAAGAACACUGCGCUAAAUUAUGAAAAUUGUAAAGAAUACCAUUUUGAUUUGGAUAAAAAAUGGAUCAUCCAUUCAAUACAGUAUAAGAUACAGUUGUGGGAAAUAUUGGAACGCUAUGAUAUCGCUUUGUAUUUGGAUUGUGACACUUUACCAUUACAAUUAGAACCUGUAAUUGAUGUUUUACGCAGUAAUGGGACUUCUAGUAGUGCGGAGGGAUUAUCAUUUUCCGAUAUUGUGGCUUCGCCAGACACAACAUGGCCAGAUAUGUUUAAUUCUGGUGUUUUCAUAUUUAAACCAUCCGUUGAAACCUUUAAGAAACUAAAAGCAUUUGCUUAUAAAAAUUAUUCGAUAGAUGGAUCAGAUCAGGGGUUAUUAAAUCAAUUUUUUAAUCCGAUAUUUCGCAAGCAAACUAGUAUUUCUAAGGGCGAAGAUACUUUAUCUUCACAUAAUUGGAAAAAGCUGCCUUAUACAUAUAACGUAAUGAUUAUGAACAAUCAAAAUACUUGCAACCUUAAUGGUUAUGAAGCACCGGUAUGUUUGAGAUUCUUCCACGAUCAAAUUAAAAUAGUACAUUUUAUCACUAAACCGUGGACUGUCACUGAUUCUUUGAGCAGGAACAUCAAUGAAUGCAAUACUAUUCCGUAUUUAAAAGAAUAUUACAACAAAUGGCUUUAUAUUUACAAUAAUUACAUUUACCCUGAAUUGCUUGAAUACCCUUAUAUCGAAAAGCUUGGAAGUCUAAGUGUUGAUGAAAGUCAACAAGAUAGAUUAACAAAAACCAUUGAGGUAGAUCAGGGUAUCAAGGGGGAGAUUACCCAAAAACAACAGAAAAGUAAACCUAGAACUAACAGUGAUUAUGAUCAAAGUACUGAAAAGAAAGGUGAUGGGGUUUCCAAGGAAAAGAGGAAUGAAAAAGAACAACAAAGUGAUCGCACAGUUAGCGUUGACCAUAGCCAGGAUGUUAACAAUGAUUGCUAUGACACAAAAGAUGAAAGUUCCGAAAAAGGGAAUGUCGCACAUAAAAAGUCCACAUUAUUUAAAUUUCCUUGGGAAUUCUAUAAGGACUAUCCUAGGCCACCAAGUAGAAAGUUUUGA